AUGGGUGACUAUUUUAAGCUUUCAAACGUGCAAGGACUGCGUGAAUCGCCUUCCGAACCAAUAGAGCAUGAUAAAGGGAUUAAAAGCUUCUUCAAACAGCUGAAAGUUGUAUCAGAAGAUAAACAAUCGUCGUCCAUAUCGCAUCUAGCCCUGAAUAAUGGCGGAGAUCUCUGCGCCGUUUCUUCCGGAACCAAGGCAAUCUUCUAUGACUAUAAGUUGAAUCGUGCCGAAUAUAACUUCACCUCAGCAAAGGAUUUUGUUAGAUGUUGCUCGUUUCGUGAAGAUUCCAAGCUGGCAGCGGUUUCUGAUGACUCUGGGAACAUUCAUAUACUGGCACUUCCCCUAAAGUCUCUUCUAAAGGGGUUCAAAGCGCAUAAUGGUUCCAUUUACUGUCAUUCUUUUUCGUCGGAUAAAGGGCAUCUCAUGACAGGAGGAGAUGAUGGGACUGUUAAAUUUUGGGAUAUACAGGAGGAAAAAUCCGUUUUGUCAUUGGAAGGUCAUACGGAUCGUGUUAGAUCAUUGUGUGAUCUCUCUGAAAACUCGUUUUUAUGGGCUACAGGAUGUUACGAUUGUACUUGUAGGAUAUAUGAUAUCAGAUGUCCACAAACUCCUGUUUCUACCCUGCAACACGAUGCUCCAAUAGAGUCUGUUACGUCUUCUAAGUCAUGUAUUUCAAUGGUAGUUUCAGGAGGAACCUUGGUUAAAAUAUGGGAUUUGUCAUCUGGCUUAAAACUAAAGUCUUCCUUACAACCUCAUAUGAGAACUAUCUUCAGGGCAUAUCUUUCUGAAGAUCAAAAUUGUAUAGUAACAGCAUCUCUAGACGGGACAAUAAAAUUCACUGAGAACUCAAGCAAAUUCCCCUUGAUGCAUGUCUAUACGCACGAGUCCGCAGUUUCUGCUUUUGACUAUUCGCUUUCUGGAAACACAAUGGCUUCCGGUUUAUCAACCGGAAAGUGGCUAAUUAGACACAAUAGCUCUGGUUUUGUAAAAAGCGAAACAUCAUCUGGUAGUACGCUACAAUUGCGCGCGGUAAUGGAAAACAAUUCAAAAGUUUCUGGAAACAUCACUUCAGUAACGGGAUACAAGACAGUUAAACUUGGAGUUUUGGAUCGCCUUGUAAAGGCAUUCCAAUAUCAGGCUGCUCUAGAUUUAGCUCUCACACUUACACCAGAUCAUGUAUACAACCUGGUUGAAUUGCUGAUUUUGAGGGGUUCUCUUGGAACGGCUGUCAAGGGGAGAGAUGAACAAACUAUCAUACCGCUAUUAAAGUUUGUUUCUUCACAACUGAAUCGGGAUGUUUACAACACAAGUAUACUUUUGGAGUUUUUACAUACCGUUUUGGAUAACAAUACAUGGCUUAAAACGUGCUCUGAUGCAACCGUGAUAAAGGAACUCAGAAAGAUACCCAGCAAGAUUAAUCUGGAGCUUUAUCAACAUACAAUCCUCUUGAAAUUGCAAGGGAUGAUAGAUUUAAUUCUUACUUAA